UUUAUGUGAACAAGUGUUAAAAAUAGGGGUACAAGUGUUAUUUUCGAAUUUGACUUUUCAAAAAGGGUCAAUUAAGUAAAUUUGACCGUUUAAUAAACUAUUGGUCACUACAGUUUUGGCAAAUUCUGAGCAUUCACUAACUGGGCUUUCCCACGACUGGUUUCUAAAAGUUGGGCCUACUUUGAAUUAAUGGGCUUGUUAGUUAAAAGCUCGGCCCAUUUGACAUGUUCCUGUCCCCCUUUUUGCUCUCUUCUCAGCCCCUGCUAAACCCUAACUCUCUUGCACCUUUUUCACACAGCUGAAGUCUCAAGUAGCAGAACAGAGUAGAGAGAGCAAAAUGGGCAAAAUCCCACCUUCCUUGCGCUCGUUAGUUUCAGCCAACUCGCUUAUAAGAACUCCAUUACAAACGGAAAAAUCCCAACGUCAUCACUUUCUCAAAAAAAGGCCCUCCAGAAAACAACAACGAAAGGACUCUGAUGAUUCUCUUGAAACUAAUAGAAUCCCGUCUCUGUUCAAGUCCCCUGAACUUUCAGAAGCCAAGGAACUCUUUAAUUCCUUCAUUUCUACUAAAAAAAUCCCACCUGAUCGCCCCUUCCACAACUCUCUUCUUCAAUCCUACUCUUUGAUGUCAACCGUUGAUGAUUCAAUCUCUUUUCUCCACCACAUGAUCAAAACCAACCCCUCUUUCUCCCCCGACCAUGCAACUUACCAUAUUUUGCUUUCGCUGGCCUGCAAAGCACCUGAGUCUGACCUCUCUCCGGUUCAUAAGACUCUCAAUUUGAUGAAAAAUGCAGGGUUUGAACCGAACCAGGGCACCACCGAUAUUGCGGUACGGUCACUUUGUUCUGUUAAUCGUGUUGAUGAUGCUGUUGAGUUGGUAAAAGAAUUAUCAUUGAAAAAGUCACCGCCUGACAUGUAUACUUAUAAUUUUCUUGUCAAGUGUUUGUGCAAGUGUAGAGUUUUGAGUACUGUUUAUGGUUUCGUUGACGAGAUGCGUAGUUCUUUUGAUGUAAAGCCUAAUCUUUAUACUUAUACAAUCUUGAUUGAUAAUGUUUGUAAUACUAAGAAUUUACGUGAGGCUACGCGAUUGGUGAGUGUGCUUAAUGAGUCCGGGUUUAAAGCGGAUUGCUUUGUGUAUAACACUAUUAUGAAAGGCUAUUGUAUGUUGAGUAAAGGGAGUGAAGUUAUUGGGGUUUAUAAGAAAAUGAACGAGGAAGGUGUAGAGCCUGAUCUUGUUACUUAUAACACGUUAAUUUUUGGGUUGUCGAAAUCUGGGAGAGUAGUUGAAGCAAAAAAGUACUUGAAAAUAAUGGUAGAAGCAGGUCAUUUUCCAGAUGCUGUUACAUAUACUUCAUUGAUGAAUGGGAUGUGUAGGAAAGGAGACGCAUUGGAUGCACUGGCGUUGUUGGAGGAGAUGGAGACUAGGGGAUGUAGUCCGAAUUCUUGCACGUAUAAUACGUUACUGCAUGGUUUGUGUAAGUCGAGGUUGUUGGAGAAAGGAAUUGAAUUGUAUGGGAUGAUGAAAGAGGGAGGCGUGAAGCUUGAGACGGCUAGUUAUGCCACGUUUGUGAGGGCACUUUGUCGAGUUGGUAGGGUUGCUGAGGCUUACGAAGUUUUUGAUUAUGCAGUUGAGAGUAAGAGUUUGACUGAUGUUGCUGCUUACACUACAUUGGAAAGUACACUUAAGUGGCUGAGGAAAGCUAAAGAGAACGGCAAUAUGGUCUAAUUGCUCUUUUAGGUUGAGGCUGUUGUAGGUUGGGAUGAUGAUUUGAGUUUUCCGCAACAACUCCUUGGAACAAUAAAGAAGUGAUCUAUAUGUAACUUCACUUUUGACAGUCUGCCUAAACAGAAAAGGUAAAUGAAAUUGACCACUGUUUUGGCACAUUAAGACUGCUACAGGUUAUAGAUGCAGCAGCAAGAUACUUUUAGUGUGGCUUGUGGGGUUGUUAGUUUUCUCAAUCAAUGAGAACAAUCGGAGUGCUGCAGGUAGGUUGCGGAAUUAAAAUUGUUGUCUAGGUAGUUCUGUGAUGCAUUCCACAGUGCUGCUAAAGCUUGUGGAUUUUUACUUGGAUACUGAAAGGAGAACCACCAAGCAAUUUUGAAUAGGUAGAGUUGGUUGAACUAACCUUUGUCAUUGAAGAUUAUUGGAAGUUCUGUUGUUUACCUAUCAUACUGGCAUAUCUUGCUCUUUAGGUUGUAACCUUUUACUGAAGUGAUCAAACGGGCGAUAUAGUAUUUAUGAUUGAUUUGCAA